AUUUAUUCUCGCCCGACACUCAGCAAGCGGCAGGCCGAGCGAACAGAGCAGAGUACAGCACGGUACAGCAGAAGCCACUUGGGAGAGGAAAAUAAAUUAAAGGAGCCCGAGCACGAAAAGCAUCCACCGUCAAACAAGCAAAAAGCACGCGCAUAACCGAAAACGUGUUAGAUAUAUAGCCGGAAAAUUACAUAAAAUUGGAAGAAAAAGUGACCGCAAAGAAGUCGAUUUGAACCAUGGCCAGUAGCAGUCCGAAUGACCUGAACGUGACAGUAGACGUGGUUCUGCCUACACUAAUUGUGGUGGUUAUGUUCGUGCUGAACGGCUUUCUUUUCUACUACAUCAUGCGAAAACGUAGCCAGUGGAAGGAAACGUCAGGGGAUGCUAGCACUCCCGAAAUUGAGAUGGAGCACCUGUAGCAUCGAUCUGGAGCAGAUAGUGAGAGCAGACCUAUUUCGUCUUAGCCGGUGGGUGAAAGUGCUAAAAGAUAAACAGAUCAAUAUGCAAAUAUGCAUAUAUGCAAUAUGCACCCACUAAGAACGGAGAUGACACAGAUCUUGCCUAUACUAUAGAGAUAGUACAUAGUAUACAGAGUGUAUACGCCGCCGGGUACCUUUAGAUAAUUCACGUGCAUUUAAUUACGGUUUCUACGUUUGUAAGCUCAUCUUUUUUUCGCCAUUAAUUUUUCUAACAAAAUAUACAAUAAAAAUGUGUGAAUUUUGCUAUAC